AUGUAUUUUAGGAUUUUACUCUUUGGCGUAUGGGUCAUAGUUGCUUUUUUCGUCUGUAGUGAGGCAUACUUCGUUAAAAUGACGAAUGCAGAGUGUAAGUCAUACAACAAGUCUUGGGUCGUCGUUCAUUAUUGCCGCCUUAAGGCAUAUUCCCGCAACAAGACCAGUCUGAACAUAAAUGCAACAUUUAUGGAGCCAGCUCACAACAUUUUUCUCAAAAUGAAAAUGAUGAAGAAGGCCAGUGGGUACAAGCCGUUUCUGUUCGAUUACACCUUCGAUGCCUGCGAAUUUAUGAGGCGAAGGAAUCAGCCAUUCGCCAAGAUCAUAUGGAAUUUAAUUAAGGAUGUGUCCACCGUCAAUCAUACCUGUCCUUAUGUGGGCCUGCAGAUGGUCAGUGAUUUUCAUCGCAUUCAAGUUCCAAUUGCAUUGCCAGGUGGAGACUACUUACUUUUAUUGGACUGGAUAUUCGAUGGUAAACCUCAAUUCGCAACAAAUGUAUAUUUCAUGUUUGUAGAGGAUUUAAUACCAAAAAGCUCAAAGCACUGA